AUGCAAGCAGUAAAUGAUGGUACAGUUAACAAUAUGCUGCACAUUGAGUGCAAACACGUAGACGAUAAUGUAAGGAAUGCUGAAACCCGCUCGGCUCCAGGAGAUCUCGAGAAGCCAUCAUCUUCUCGAGAGUAUCACUUUUCCCGUAAUGCUAUUGGCAAUAAUUCCGAAAGAUCAGAAUCACCAGGAUCUGGUGGUUUUAAUGACAAAUCUCAAUUAUCUAAGUCAGAAGAGUCCAAAAAAAGACCCGCUGGACAUUAUAGAAAUUAUAAUAAUGGUUUUGCGUCGGGUCCACCAUGGCCAAUGCAAAAACGAGAAAAGCCUUGGUCAACAGUAUGUGUGUGGCAAAAGCAACAACAAAUUCAGGCUAUCGAAAAAGAGAUCAAUGUUAUGGCAACAGAAUCCUUGGUUGGGAUACGGAAUUGGAGACCUAAAUGGUUGCAGCGGUUUGGUAAAAGAAAUUGGAUGUUGUUGUGGUUAUGUUGGUUUUGUACAGUACAGGGAUUGCUUGUAAAUGGUUUGGUCCCUUCGGCAAUAACUUCUAUAGAACGAAGAUUUCAGUUCAACUCAUCAACUAUAGGUCGUAUCAUGCAGUUUUACGAUUUUGGCUAUGUACUUUUGUGUAUACCUGUUUCUUACUUUGGUGGACGUCAUUCAAAACCAAUGGUGCUUGCAGCGGGAUUAUUACUGAUGGCAUUAGGCAGCUUUAUUUUUACAAUGCCACACAAUUUCUCUGAUUCAUAUACUUCUACCCAUAAUGCUCAUGAACCUACAUUUAGUAAAUGCCAUCCUUCACAUACAUCUUCCGGACUCAGAAAAAAUUAUGCUCUACUAAAUAAUUCACUUUAUGCACUAAUGUCAGCAGCUAGUGCUGAAGCUUUACGAAGCUGUCCAUCUCCCGAAAAUCAGCCCGGUACGUUCCGAUACGUGUUUCUAUUUUGUCUUGGUCACUUUCUUCAUGGUAUUGGUGCAACACCACUGUUCACUCUUGGUGUUAGUUAUAUCGAUGAAAAUGUUGGCCCAACUCUUUCUUCGCUUUAUCUUGGUAUUUUCUAUGCCUUUGCAAUAUUUGGUCCGGCUUUUGGCUUCCUAAUGUCUAGUUCAUUUUUGCGCUAUCACACAGAUUUCUUGCAAUCAGAGCUUCAUAUCAAGAUUUUAAAUAUCGAUGAAACGGAUCCAAAAUGGGUAGGUGCUUGGUGGAUUGGCUUUCAGAUAGCUAGUAUUUUAGCUUUAAUUGCCGUUUUUCCCAUAUUGGUCUUGCCGAAAGUCCUUCCGGAAUCACUUAAAUGGCAUCGAACACGUUUACACGAAGAAACGAUAGGCAGUACAAAAAAACGUAGUGCAGAAUGUUGCGGUAUUCCAUCUACCAGCAAAACAGCUGCAAUUUGUGGACCUCUUUUGCCAGCAGAAAGUGAAGGUGAAGCAGUUUCUUGUGUGUACAGUAGUCGUAUAGUGUACUUGCAGUCAACUAAAUGA